CUGGACCUCAGUCAUAACGCUCUACACAGUCUUCAACCAGGAUGCUUUGGGAAGAACAACAUUCUUUCGUUGGACGUUUCUGUGAAUGAACUUCCAAACGUCCCAACUGAUGCUCUACGUACCACAUGCGCUAGUCUAAGCGUUCUCAACAUGGAUGGGAAUCAAAUAAGAACACUCGACUCGUCGCAGUUCUUCGACCUGAGGAAUUUGACCAGAUUGAUAAUAUCACGAAAUCGUAUUGAGACCAUAGAAGAGGGCGCCUUUGAACAUCUACCCGCCUUGAAAUACUUGGAUAUCAGCAAUAAUCCCGUCAGUACAUGGAGUCCUUCCGCCUUCAGGGACAUGAGCAAUACGAUGGACGAACUCAAUCUAGCCAACACCGGGCUUUUUUCGAUACCACGAAUGAGCCACCAUGCCAUACGUCACUUCAAUCUUAGCAUUGGAAAUCCUAUCACAGAGAUUCUAGGAGAACAGCUUCAAGUCUCUUUAUCAGUACGGCAGAAAAUAUUCUCAACUAAAUGUCAUGUAUUUCAUCUCGAAACACUCUCAAUGCACGAUUUGACAUCACUAGCACGGCUACCGUAUCCUAUAGAAUUCUCCAACUUGGCGAACCUCCGAAAUCUAGAAAUGUACAAUCUAGCCGCAACUGCACAUCCUUACAAUGUAACUCAUAUCAUUCAACAUCUGCCACCUCUGCGAUCACUUCACGUUGAAUUUCGAGAACCAGUUAUUGACACACAGCUGCGUGACAUUGACAUGACACACGUCAGACAAGUGAUUAUAACCGGGUCGAAUAUUACAAAUAUCAGUUCGACAGCACUUCACAUGCUCAGAGGCUAUCGAGUUCAACUAACUAUUCGGAACACCUCUAUACAAAAAUUUCCCACAUCACUUCUCACAACACUUGGCAACAUAUACUUCCUCUCUUUGUAUCUACCAAACAAUCAGAUUCGGUCGAUAAACCCAUUCAAGAACACAGAUCAGCCAUGGGUUAAUCACCAUGGAACAAUACUGGAAGCACUGGAUUUAUCUGGGAAUCCCCUUCAGUGUGAUUGCGCCAUGGCAUGGGUGUCCGAAUGGAUUCAAGCUUCACCGUCAAACGCCCAAGAUCUCGAACAAGCUCAUUGUGAGCAUCAAGGAGCUUCUAUUGAAAGCUCUCUCACCUACGUGUAUAGCACUAAGUAUUUAAACUCUUCGCAUUGUUAUCAUUUGAACGGGCAAUCGUCUAACUCAGUUCCACAACUGAUUUUGAUAUUAUGGGUACUCUUAUUUGUUCUCUGGUUUGACCAAAAAUAA